CGCCGCCACGGCCGCGGGAGAAGCAACUUCUCGAGCGCCGGCGACCGGCCGGACCCCGGCGCCGCCCCCGGCCCAGCGCAGAGUGCCGAGGCCAUGGACGCGCUGGCCUGGCCGCUGCCCCUGCUCCUCCUGCUCUGCGCGCAGCAGCCCCGCGGCACCAGAGCAAUGAAUGACAUUGGAGACUAUGUUGGCUCUAACCUGGAGAUAUCCUGGCUCCCCAAUCUGGACGGCUUGAUGGAUGGCUAUGCUCGCAACUUCCGGCCUGGCAUUGGAGGGCCCCCUGUGAAUGUAGCCCUGGCCAUCGAGGUGGCCAGCAUCGACCACAUCUCGGAAGUGAACAUGGAGUACACCAUGACGGUGUUUCUGCACCAGAGCUGGCGGGACAGCAGGUUGGCCUACAACCACACCAAUGAGACUCUGGGCCUGGACAGUCGCUUCGUGGACAAGCUCUGGCUCCCGGACACCUUCAUUGUGAAUGCCAAGUCUGCCUGGUUCCAUGAUGUGACCGUGGAGAACAAGCUUAUCCGGCUGCAGCCUGACGGGGUGAUCCUGUACAGCAUCCGAAUCACCUCCACGGUGGCCUGUGACAUGGACCUGGCUAAAUACCCUAUGGAUGAGCAGGAGUGUAUGCUGCACCUGGAAAGCUAUGGUUACUCCUCAGAGGACAUCGUUUACUACUGGUCUGAGAACCAGGAGCAGAUCCACGGCUUGAACAAGCUUCAGUUGGCUCAGUUCACCAUCACCAGCUACCACUUUGCCACAGAGCUGAUGAACUUCAAAUCUGCGGGUCAGUUUCCUCGGCUCAGCCUGCACUUCCACCUCCGGAGGAACCGGGGUGUCUACAUCAUCCAGUCCUACAUGCCCUCCAUCCUCCUGGUCGCCAUGUCUUGGGUCUCCUUCUGGAUCAGCCAGGCAGCAGUGCCCGCCAGGGUAUCUCUAGGCAUUACCACAGUGCUGACCAUGACCACGCUGAUGGUCAGUGCCCGCUCCUCCCUCCCGCGGGCCUCAGCCAUCAAGGCGCUGGAUGUGUACUUCUGGAUCUGCUAUGUCUUUGUGUUUGCUGCGUUGGUGGAGUAUGCCUUCGCCCACUUCAAUGCUGACUACCGGAAGAAGCAAAAGGCCAAGGCCAAGGCCAAGGUCAAGGUCACAGAGCAGAGAGCAGAGAUGGAUGUGAAGAAUGCCAUUGUGCUGUUCUCCUUGUCCGCUGCGGGAGUCACCCAGGAGCUGGCAGUGUCCCGUCGGCAGUGCCGCAGGCCUGGGAACCUCAUGGGCUCCUAUAGGUGUGUGGAGGUGGAGACAGGAGAAGCCAAGAAACAGCGGGGGGCCCGUGCAGGGAGCCAAGGAGGCCUCCGUACACUUUUCAAACCCAUUGACGCAGACACCAUCGACAUCUAUGCCCGUGUGGUGUUCCCUGCGGCCUUUGUGGCAGUCAAUGUCCUCUACUGGGCAGCCUACACCAUGUGAGGGCAGAGGUGGGCCUCUGCCUGUCCUGGAGCCUAUAGCCACCAGGUAAUCUGCCCACUCUGGCUGUUUCAAAGGGGACAUGACAACAGUCCACAUAAAAUGAGAGGAAAGCCUUGGCCUCCCUGCAUACCCCAGGCUCUGUCCCCACUGUUACCUGGAAGUCAGCCUGGGGCUCCCCCAACGCACCUCUCCUGCAGACCCCCAGCCCAGCUCCUCCUUGGCAGAGCCAGCUUGACCUGAGGCUAAGCUAGGCACGCUCAGGGCCCUUGGUGGACUUCACAAUCCUGAUUCUAGGCAUUUGGUCUGUGGGUUUGGGACCAGGUCGUGGGAGGCUGGGAGUAGGUGGUGCUACUUUCUUGGUGAAAUGGUAGAGAAGGGCGUCCAUGGGCCUUCGGUCCCAGCAUGAAAUAAAACAUAGCCUUUGGCUGCUC